AAAUACCUUUCAAACAUGGGCGUUCCCAGGCUGACAGCUCAGACACUAAAGCCACGCCCAUUCACCAAUUCCACCCGCGGAUUGGCUGGAAUUCUCACACGGCUCUCUGAUUGGUUGUUUGUUCUCGGGCUUCUCCCUCAGAUCUGCGUUGCCUCCGCUGCUAUUCCGUUACAGUGGGGCAAAAUGGCGGCUGUCAUUCAGAAUCCUCUAAACGCGUUGGGUGACCAGUUUUACAGAGAAGCCAUCGAGCACUGUCGCAGCUAUAAUGCUCGUCUGUGUGCUGAGCGCAGCGUCCGCCUGCCCUUCCUCGACUCUCAAACCGGCGUCGCCCAGAACAACUGCUACAUCUGGAUGGAGCGUCAUCAUCGUGGACCGGGUUUGGCAGCUGGCCAGAUGUAUACAUACCCUGCCCGCUGCUGGAGGAAGAAGAGGAGGUUACACACUUCCAUGGAUUCAAGCCUUCACAUCUAUGGUCUAAAUAUAGAUAACGGCCUGACAGCUAAAGAUACUUUGCCUACACCAAGCACUACGCUGGAGGCUUUGCUGAGAGGGGACAGCUUGGACAAGAGGAACAGCACCAGAGACGAGGACCUGCUGGAGAUUCAGAGAGUUUUGGAGGCUGACGCCAACGAAGAUGGUUACCAUGACGAUGAAGACUUUGAAGUGGACAUACCAAAAAGGAAACACCGGGGAAAAGGCAGAGGGCGAGGCUCAGGACGCCGGAGGACAGACCAUGAUGACCAAGAUAAGCCAUAUAUCUGUGAAAACAGAUACAAACAAAAGCAUAACUCAAAAACUGCAGCUUCAGUCUGUGGGAAGCGCUACAGGAAUCGCACUGGCUUAAGCUACCACUAUGGCCAUAGCCACAUUGCUGAUAAGGAGGGACCUCAAGCCAGAGACCAAGAGCCAUCACAGUCUCCAGCCAUCAACCACCGUCCUCACAGUCGCAAACAUCAGAAGAGUCCAGAUGAAGCUCAUACACUGAACAAUUUCUGCAAAGUCUGUCAAGCACAUUCAGACUCCAAACUGAAAGAUGGCAAGUGCUCCAAGUGUAGCCGCUUAGGUGGACAAGAUGAAGCAAAAGAGGAGAAGCCUUUCGCUGGAGCGGAGGAGCUGUUUGGUGCCAGCUCUGAGAGCGACACUUCUACAUUUCAUGGCUUUGAGGAGGAUGAGCUGGAAGAGCCCCUGUCCAACAGCGGCGAGGCCUCUCCAAAGGGCAGAUAGAGAACAGUUUAAAAAGACGUGCCGUUCCUUUCUAACACAGCGCAUCCCCCUGCAAAAAUUCUGCUGCUUCUUUUUAAAGGUUUCGUUUGUUUGUUUGUUUGUUUUUUCCCUCUCCCUUUUAUUGGAAGCACAAGUCAUUGUAUCAGAAGAUGAUGUAUGAAAGUUUUAUCUUCCUUUUAAUGAGUUGUGGCUAUUAUUAUUAUUAUUAUUACUACUACCAUUAUUAUUUAUACUUUAAGAGCAAAUAGGAACAGACUUUUUUUUUUUUUUUUUUUUUUUAUUUUAAGAAACUUUUCUAUAGUAGUUUUUUUCCCUUGAGGGGAAAGAUGGUAUAUUAUAAAGGCCGUAAUGGACAGAGAUUAAUUGCAGAUUUAUUUCUGGAAUCAAUUUUCCGAGACUGAAGAAAAAAAAAAAAAAUCAACAACAACAAAAAAACUUAAGAGACCUUUGCCCCGUUAAAGAGUACAAGUCCGUGAAGAGAAGACGCGAACUUCAAAAUAAACUGGUAGCGUUUCAUGUCACUGGAAUUGCCAAGGGAUGCAACGGAGAUCUCCUCAGUAACUCUGGGUACUUAGUCUUGUGUACUGUGACUGCGCCAAAAUGGAGUUGGGACAACUUUUAAGGAGAGGAGUAGCAGAUGUACUGUCUUUCAUCCUGCUUUGGAGAUUACGGAGCUGUUGUGAAGAAGAGAUUAUCUGAAUCAACUUUAUAAAUGUGGGAGACCUUGGCUAUGGAAAGCAGAGAGAGGAGCUGUAGUGAAGGAGGAAGGAAAGAUGAGCUACUCUUGGAAAUGAAAAUGAUUUCAGGAGUCUCAUUCCACCUCUUCAGUCUUCUGAAUGUCUGAGCCAGUGAAGCUGAGGAAGCCUUCAGUGCAGCCAGACAAACACCAGACUUGCACUCAUGGACAAGUAUUGAACCCCCCCCCCCCCUUUUUUUUUUCUUUUCCCCCCUGCUGCUGCUCCCCUCAUGUUGGUCUACAGCCUGAAUCUGAGACUGUGAUCAGAGCCAUAUGAAACUCUUCCUCCACUCUCUGUACUGCAGGAGUCUCAAACAGCCUAGGAGAGAUUCCUGUUCUAGCUUUACAGUGUCACUUGGUAAGGUUACAACCUCAAGGACUGUACUUAAUAUGAAAACUACUCAGUUUUAUUCAGGUUCUUUACAGCCAUUGUAUGAUUUUGUUGUAACAUAAACUGUGAGAUGGUCUGUGAGAUGUCUUGUUCACACAUUUAAAGAAAAGCGAGAUGUUCCUGUUAUACGUAAAAGCACACAGCCAUCCCGCUAGCUUUCCUGCGUUGCUCUGAAAUUGACUCUGAUUGGUUGAGUGACCGGGCGCUAGAGCUGUGCAUUCUGAUUUCAUCAAUACUGUGCUCGCCAUACCAUCACGUCACGCAGCAUUUUUCCGCAAAUGUGUGAACAUGACAUAAAAGCAGAGAGAGAAUUUUUGUGUAACUUUUUUCCACGGCCCUGCUGCACAAAAUUUCUAUUCUGAAGCAACAUGCUGAAUAGCAUAGCGCUGUGUUUAACCUAGUUUCUCAGGGGAAGAUGAUCCUGACAGCCAUAUUUAACACACACCACUAUACAAUCCUCCAAAUGUGGAUCUUUUAAAACUGCAGUUUCAAUACCUACUACAGAAAUGCUUUAUUUCUACUGAUUACAUUUCACUUUUCUUGGUGGAAAUACUCUCUACAGGCUCUUCUACCCCUCUUGUAUUUGAGCUUCAAUAACUGCUCAGGCAUUUUCUUUGAAAUGUAGGACUGCUCCUUCCAUACCGGUGCUGUAUACUGUAUAGUCAGGCUUCAUUAUGCAUUUGGAAAAGGAUGAAGCUAAACAAGCUUAAGCUAAUAACACACUGGUGGGGUGUGACACUGAGCAAGCUGGAGACUGUGACCCAGCAAAACCUUCCACUUCAUAGAACAACCACUGAUGGAAAGCCGUUACAGAUUUAUAGAUCUGUCAGCUACGGGUUGCUUUUAAAAAUGGUUAAAUUUUUUCUUUUACCUAUUUCUUUUGAUUAUUUUUCCAAGCAUUGGCAUCAAAAUCAGAAUAAAGUCAGCUCCACCACAUUACGAGGAACAAAGUAGGGAAUAAAACACAGUAUGGUGUGCUGUUCUAGGAUUAUUUUCCUAUAACAACCCAUUCCAUAGUGUUAUUCCUCUCAUACCACAGUGAUUUGCCAAGGAUUACAGUUUUUAAUUUAUUAACGAAUGACACUUUUUUGUGUUUUUUUUUUAUCCUGAUAUAGUUACAGACCAUCCAUGAAACAAAUUAAUUCCUGUUAUCACUUAGCAGCUCAUCAGCCUCCUUUGUUUCUCUCUCUUGAAGCUAAUGAGACCAAAAAAAAAAAACAAAAAACAGAAAGCGGAAUGUGCGAACCUGUCUGACGUAAAGACUUUCCUGUGGUGGAAAACUUACUGACCAUUAAAAAAGAGCUGAUUUUUGAGACUCCUUCUAUAAAUGUUACUUAAACGCCGCCUAACGAAAACUUCACUAUAUCAAUGACUAUACAAUUUUCUUUGUGAUAUAACAACCCGUUUUUUUUUUUUUUUUUUUUAUUAUUAUUUUUUUAAAUCCAUUUAUUAUUAUGUGAUGUGUCCACUAUACAGGUCCCUCUGUGUGAGCUGUUACUAUAGAAACAGUAAUGAGAACUAGUCCAUUAAUUUAAACCUGUCAUUUAUGUUACACAUGGAAACUACUGGUAGAGCUGCUGUUAAAGAAAAUGAAUCCACAAAUUCUGAUUUGAGAAUUCAACAGCGCUGUGGUAUAAAAACAGAUCACGCAUGCAUGUAACACAAUGCUGAAAACAUUGCUGUUGGCAUUUCCUGACCAUGCAUUAAUCAAGAUUCAGACGAUUGAGUCUUCCUAAUGAUCAUGGGAAAAAAAUCUUUUUUUUUUUAAAAUUCUGCAUAACAUCUUACUUUUUCCUUAUGAAUUUUAUAUUAAUAAUUGGGUCGUGCACUCAAGGAGCUCUGUGAAAAGCUGUGUGGAUUGCAAAAGGGGUGAAUGAUCACAUUCAAGAUUUUUUUUUUCUUUUUUUUUUGGUUGUUUCAUGGUUCUCACCAACACUCAGCCGGAUUUCCUGUAUUGUCAGAAACAGCCCAUGUUUAAUCAGGCGUCGCUGGGAUCGUAUUUGCGGCUGUACGGGUCACUCAGCGAUGCCAGCAUGAAGUAGAGGAAAUGCACCUUUCAUAUUCUAUACAUUUUCCCCUCAAAUGAAGUCUAAAGGUGCUGAGCUAAACCGUCAUUACGUCCAGCACGGUGAAGAGGUUGGCACUCCAGGGUACAUGUUUAUUUCAGAAAAUGUUUAAAAAAAAAAAAAAAAAAAUGAUGGCACAUAGAUUUACACUUGAUGUGAAUAACACUCCGCCUCCGUGUCGGCCAGAAGACUGUGAGUGCCAUUUAUUGCUUAUUCCUCACAUAUCUUAACCCUGUUCCCACACUGAGGUUCUAAUAUGAUUUAUGAGUCCAGUUCUAUAUGCAGUUGGUGAAUUAGGCAUAAUGCUGUGAUGUAAAUUUUAGUGCUUUUGUUUUCUUUCUUUUUGAGAACGUUUAUUUAUGUUUAUGCAAGAAUAUUGUUGGCUUUGUCUACUGCACAUCUUAGACUAUUAUAGGCCUGCAAUGUUAAUUGUGAGUUUUCACAUCUAUAGAUAUGAAGGUUACCAAGUGAUACACAAUGAACGACAGAUAUGUGUACAUGACUGCUUACACGAUGACAUGGACUGGUGUGCAAACAUGCACAUAUAAUAACAGACACAUUCAACAAAUCCCCUCAGGGACCAUAACUGCACACUCAACAAGAGCAUGAGCAAUGAUUCUCUGGAAUAAGAAACAUUUUGUCUGUCAGAUUUCUUCACUUCUUCAUAGCUACAGAGUUUAAGGAAAGGUGUGCAUUUGCUGAUCUUCCAGGCAGUGGAUCUUGUGCACUUUUUGAACAACGAAUGCUCCUGCUGAGGGGUUAUGAUUGAUUAUAAUGAAAAUAAUGAACUUAAGCAACUGCUCUGUCUAAUAUUUUCUGCUAAUAAGUUUGUAGUCACUUCUGUACCUCAGAAAAGUCAAUGAGCAAUAGGCCCAUGUUUUUUCUGCAUUCCUGGGGUUGGAACCAGAGCCAAUUUGAGGUGAAGGAGUUGAACUGAUUAUUUUGUCUGCAUCUGUACAUAAUAUAAUCCAAAUGAAGUCUUUGUUAGUUGUUAUUUUUAUUGUGGCAAAAGGAAUUAAAGAAUGAAUUAGAAGUG